AUGAAAAGGUGUCAAAAGAAAGUUCUUGACUAGGUUUAAAACAAAAUAGAAUACGAGGCAUCCCAUAGAAAAAGCUUUUUUUAAAGAAAAUUUCUCCGAAUGGAAUGGAGCAGAAGAAAAAUAGCAAAAAUUUAAGGAGAGUUUGAUUUACAAAUUGAAGUUAUUUUGUUAGGGAAGCAUAAUUAGCCCAAGAAAAAAUAAUUGAUGGUAUGGUAAAAUAUAAUGAAAACAACUAAAAGAAACGGUGAUAGUUGUUGGUUAGAUUACGAAAAUUCAAUUCUUGAGAGACUUUAAAAUGAUCAAUAUGGAGAGGGUAUCAAAUUAAUAAAAUGCUUUGAUGAAAUAGUAAUUUUUUGUGAUGUUGUCCCUUUACUAUCUUACAUCAAGAGAUUUACAAUUUAAUCGGAUUUUUUUAAGUACUUUGAAGUUAUUAAGUAAAUUUCUUAAGAAACUUAUAGAAUUUAAAAAAGGAACGAAACUCAUGAUUAUUAAUGUACUAUUUAUUAAAAAACUACUCUCACAUCAUAAAUAGAAAUUCAAUUAGAAAAAUCCGUAUAUAUUCAAAGAAGAAUUAACCAUGAAUAUUUGUAAAAAUUUUAUGAGGUGUUUGAGAACCCGGAAUAGAUUAUUGUUGUCACCUAACUGACACUAGGAGGAACAUUAAAUAAUUAUAUUUAAAAAUUUCCAACACUUUCUGAAGAGAAGGCCCAGAAAUUCAUGUUUAAGAUUUUCAAGGGAUUGGCUUAUCUUCAUUCAAAAAACAUUAUGCAUAGAGACAUAAAACCAGAAAAUAUUUGGCUUGGAUUAAAUGGAAGUUUAGAAAAUCCUUGUCUAAGUUCUUAUGGACUGGCAGAGAUUGUGUAAUAAAAUGUAGAUUCAGCUGAUUCAGAUAAUGAAUAAUUAAUUCCUGAUUAUCUUAGAGUAAGAUUUGGCACACCUGGUUUUACAGCACCUGAAAUAUUAAGAAAUGAAUAUUAUGAUCAAAAAGCAGAUGUUUUUAGCGCUGGAAUCGUUAUGUAUUACUCUUUAUGCGGGAAAAUCCCUUUUUAAGGGCAAAAUUUAGAAAAUAUAAUAGAAUCUAAUUAAGAAUGUCAUAUAGAUUUUUCUAAAUUAUUUUUAAGUGAUGAAGGUAUUGAUUUCAUAAAAAGCAUUUUAAAUGAAAAUCCUCACGAAAGGCUAAGUUCUUAAUUAGCUUUAAACCAUUAAUGGUUAAGAAAAGAGAGAUUGUCAGAAGUAAUGGAAUUUAAAGCAAGUUAAAAGUUAAAAUAAUUAACUGAAAAAAACAAUUAAUAAAAAGGAUAAUUGCAAUUCUGUAAUUAAUAAACAUUUUCUUAAGAUGCAAGUCCUUUAAGUCCUUAAUCUCCUUAAAUCAAUAAAUUAUAAAGAUAGAAUUCAGAUUUUCGUAUUCGCACAUAAUGCAACAGUUUCAGUCCUGAUGUAAAUUAAUUUAGAAAAUAAUCAUCAUUUACAUCAAAAUUAAAUGGAAACACCUAAAAUCAAUUAAGUCAUCUGAAUGAAAAUGAUGAGGUUAGGAGAUGUAAAAAUUCAAUUAAAAAAUCCAUAUUUAAACAAUGA